GUUGAGGGGGCGUGGUGGAUCAGCCCUCGGCCUCAUAACAUUAAUUUUGUAUGGCAGAGACAAAAGUUGAACAACACAGCUCUCCUGUAUACAAUGGAAAGGCUAUUCCUUGUUGGACAGAGUCAGGGAAGGAGUACCUCUUACUGCAAAAGUUCCCUCACCUGCAAAAAAGAUUUCACUCUGGAAUGGAUUGUUUAGAGGCUGAGGAGAGGUCGUCCCUUCAUGCUCUCAUCAGACUGAGGGAGGAGGAGUUGAGAACAAGAGAAGACUACUCUACUGUGCUGCAUCAUAAAGUGUCACUACUGGCUGGUGGGAAUCUGGCACAUGUGGAAACAGACGCUGUCGUGAAUGCCUCCAAUCAUUGGCUGUCGGCAGGAAAAGGAGUCAACGGUGCCAUUCACUCUGCAGCUGGUGACUGUCUACUGGAACAGUGUCUAUCACUGGGAGGAUGCGAGGCUGGACAAGCCAAGAUCACCUCAGGCUACAACCUACCAGCCUCAUAUGUCAUCCACACAGUGGGUCCUGAGGGCAGGGACAAGGAGAGAGCCCCUUUACUCAGGUCAUGUUAUGAGUCCUCUCUCUCUCUCUUGCUGGCACACAACCUUCGCUCCAUAGCCUUCCCCUGUGUGUCCACUGGAGUGUACAGAUACCCGUGUGUGGAGGCUGGUGAUGUUGCCCUGAGGUGCGUGAGGGCGUGGUUACUGGAGCACCCCCAGGCUGUAGACAGAGUGGUGUUUGUUACACGGACUGCUAGAAAUGAGGAAGUCUACUCUAAACUCAUGCUCGCCUAUUUCCCUCUAAACUGAUCUCUCAUUGCAUUGACUGUAUUCUUUUGCUAUUUUCUCUAUAUCGUUCGUUUCUUUUCUUUUGUGGCCAAUCACUUUAUCAAUCGCUUGCCUAGCUACCAGUAUCACUUGCCAAUAAUUAAUUAAUUU